GCGCAAUGCUGGUGGACUUCUUUUCUUUCUGGGUAAAUUUUUUCUUUGCUUCAAAGACUUACAAUCAUGGAACGGAAUCCACUUAAAAGAAUGCGCUCUGAUGAUAAUGGCAGUAACCACUCCACUCAAACUAAAGUUUGGGUAAACCAGAAAAUGGCCGACUUAAACGAUGAUGAGAAAAUGAAAGCAGUACAUGAAAAAACCAACGAGUUGCUUUUUAAGGCUGCUAAUGGUAAAAGUACUGAGAAACAUAGUGUCGAAAAUGCUGUGCCUGUGGCCAAUAACACUGCAGCCAGUUAUGGUGGUGCCACCUCCACAUCCACAACCUCCACUACAACAACAACCGUGGCGACUGCGACAAAUGUGUCCCUUUGUGAUCAAUAUCAAUUGAUGGGUGACGGAACCAUAUUGGUCCGCGACUUGAAUCAAGAUGCGGUAAAUCCUAAUCUCGAACGCCGAAGCUCUCGUUGCUGCCAGCAUAGCACUUUCAUCCAUGACAUUUGCGUCAAUUGCACUAUGGACUUAUGUGAAGAGUGCGGUUACUCUUGCGUUGAGUGCACUGCAUUUAUUUGCCGCGCUUGUGUCACAUUAUUCGGCAAUCGUCCCUCUGAGGCCGAGGAUCCCUUAUGCGAGCGUUGUCAAAUGUAUUGCGCUUAGAAGGUGCGUAAAGCUGUGGGUUGCGGGCAACUCAUCGCUUCAUACAUUUAGCUGUUCUAGUACAAAUCAUUCUCAAAUGCCGACAGAAAACUCAAACUGAAAUUUGGAAAUGUACACGCACAUAAAUUAAAAAAAAAAAAAAAAAAAAAACUGUACAAGCGGUCAAACACACAUACGUACAAAUACAUGAACUGACACACAUACCUUAUACCAAUCAGCAAAUUCAUACACACAUCAAAGAUGUAUGUAUAUAAUUUCUAUUCCUUCACAUAUGUAUAUUAAAGACUAUUAAUGAAAUUAAUAGUAUGUAAUAACAGAACUGAAAUCGUACGCUUUCAUACAAAUUAUUUCAAAGAAGUCUAUACAUACAGCUUGCAUACACCAAAUACACCUACUUCAUACACAUGUAGAAUAUAAAUACAUACUCGUUGACAUACUUAUGUAUGUAUGUAAUGAUGAAGACUGUUUAUCAAGAAAUUGAUAGUAACACAAUAAAUACAAAAAUCUA